CAUUUAUAGAAAACUGCAGAAAUACUCUUCCCGGCCGCACUGGAGUUAUUAAAAUGUUGUUUAUUUUCGAGGAAUUUAAUGUAGACGAGCUUUUAGUGAACUCGAACAGCGCAUCUGUUCUAGACGGAAAUAAUCCGAAUGUUAUAGAAUUCUUAAAAGUUUUAAAACCUUCCCUAAUCAGCGUUCCGAAGUUGCAAGAUUACAGCGCCUCAAGCAAAGUCCAACAGUCUUUUCUGCAUCCCGUCUCUCGCCGCUCUAAAAAAAGAUGCGCCGCAUUUUCGCGCAGUGGAAGCCACGUACGAUCCACUCGGCCUUUAUCUGGCCACAAGAAAAAGUCAACAUUCUGCGAUCCUGGCCUCUAUGCCGUCGAAUCGGAUUCAUUGCUUGAAAGUUACUUGAGCGAUCCGCACUUUGUGAGCCGCCUGUGCGUUUGCGACUCGCCAACUGCGUCUCCUCCAUCUCCUUUUUACCCUGAGCUUGAAUUGAGCUCUGCGCCCCUGUUCGACCAACCGUCUUCGCCUGGCAUCCUGAAUCUCGAAUUAAGAAAACCCACUAUACUAAAUGCUCAAGAUCUACCAGAAAAUCUACUGGUUGUAUGGGUUAACUGCCAUCUCUUUGACGCAGAAGUCAAAUCGUCGCAGCAAAUUAAGUGGCCCUGGGAUACCAAACUUCCUUUUUCGGGUUUUCACAAGUUCUCUUUGAACCAAUACUUUAUAAAGGGCUGCAAAGAAAAAAAAAUCUAUCUACAAUUCUUGAUACCUUCCAGCGCCUCUCAACCAGGCAAGUAUUUUGAAGUGGAAUUGUUUGGACUGCUUUUUAUAAGCAUUUCUCGAUAUGCCGAUAAUGUGAAUGCAUUUCAAGGGAUCGAUCCUCCACUACAAGUAAAUUUUGAGUACCUAACAGUUUUUAACCCGAAGCACGAGAAAAUCCUUUAUUUGAAUGCGAGAGUCACACUUGGCAAGCACGAGUCGAUGGAGAAGCUCUACUUGCUAAGUCUGCAUUCUUCCACGGUCCUUCAAAGUUCGGAGCCAACUAUCUUCUCGCUCACGACUGCUGAGCCCUCCUCCACGCAGGCCGAGGGUUUGGUUGGUGGGAAGAGCGUUUCUUCUCCGCGUCUACCAGAUACUCACCGAUUUACAAUCCGUGUAACGGCCGUUACUGGCUUGAUCCCUGCAGAUAACACUGCCGUCAACUACUCAAGGUUGAGGAAGUCUGAAUUUUGCAUCAAAUAUAAGUUUCCCGCCAGCGACCAGCAGGCAGUUUAUUCCACUGCUUUUUUGCCUUACUCCAGCAACCUCGGCUUUGACUACGAAGCAUGCCACCGGCUUGCUUUCAUGUCGAAAGAAUUAUCAGAUAACUACGACUUUGACCGCCUUCUGGCCAUGAAUGUCUGUCCAAGUUCUCCCGAAGGUGUUCGCUUUGAACUUUUUCAGCGACUUUGCAAUGAGGCAAACGAUGCACAGACCGUUGGCUCGGCUACCUUGACUAUAAAAGAAAUACGUGACUUGUUUACUUUGUCCUCUCCUCGUAAAUACACAUUACCUGUGCGUUCAGCGCACUUCCCUAAAGCAACACUCAAGUUGAUGGCCGGCUACAGCAGUAGCACACCACCUAUAGUUAAUAAAGCAAAGAAAGGACUCCCUCGAAAGGUCUCGCCAGAUAGCAUGUUUACGCUCGAGCUUUUUAUCAGUCACAUUUCCAGCUUGAGUGAGCCAUCUGCCGACUGCCAGUAUGUUCUGGAUAUUGUGCUUUCCCCCCGCCAGAGAAUACGGCUUCCGUUUGUUAUUUUUUCUGACCCGAGCGCCGAGGAGUUGACUGUUCGCCACAGGGGCUCAUAUUCGAUUGGUACAAAGAGAACUUCUGGAUCUCUUCGUUUAUGUCUAUGUCAGCGAAAACAGCCAGUAACAGACUUUUCUUCUAAUGCGGCCUCGACAAUGGACGAGCGGGUCAGCGGUGGAGGUGGCCGGCACUUAGUGGGGCUGUGUUGCAUACUGUGGAGGGAGAUCUUCUGUGGGAGAGGGAAAGGCGAUCUGCACUUCAGAAAUUUGUACAAGAACAAAAAAGUAGUGGGGCAGAUAUGGCUCUCUUUUGCUUUAAAUAACAGCACCAUAGAAGAAAAAGGUGUCAUCUCUUCAGGAAACUUGUAUGUUAUAGUCGAACGGGCGGCUCAGCUUGGUCCCAUAUCAUCUCCUGUCUCAUUGAGGCUUCGCAAGUUGUAUGUCAUAAUUCGUGACGCUGACGAUAAAGAGAAAAUUGUACUGAGGACAUGUCCUGUCAACUAUUGCGAGUCGCCCCGCUGGAAUCACACCCAGUGCCUUUCUUACCCCCCAAACAAAAAAAUUCUGCACUUAGAGGUUUGGUCUGGGCACGGCGCGUGGGCCGUGCAGGGCGAUGUUAAAAUAGGGACGGUCUCAGUGGACAUCGCCCCUAUAGACAAUGGGCUGGCCGAAGUUUGUGGUUGGUACCAAAUACGAGGCAAAAACGACGGAUUUGUUGGGCAGCUGAAAGUGAGGGUUUGUCCAGUGCGGCAAACAGUCCCUAAGCUGCACGCCAGUCACGCUUGCCGAAAUAAGCUCACAACGACUACGGAGAAAGAGAUGCUCAGCUCGUCAGUUUUGAAUUCUUCUUGUCUAGAAAGCGAUCCCGUGGAAAACUACAACAAGUUUUUGGAAUCGCUGAGACGGCUAAGCGAAUUAAAAUUUCCGUGCCUCGCACCGUCAGAAGCUGCCUCCGAACAAAACAGCACAGAAACCUCGUUAAACGAUUCUGAAAAAGCGAAAUGCACGUCCUCCAUGCAUGCAAGAAAACUUCUUCCAGAUCUUGAGAAUUAUGAUAAGGGUUUAGAACUACUUCCCCCGCCGCUGCCCAGUUCCACCAGCGAUGAAAAUUAUAACGUAACAGUUUAGAAGCUACUUAAAAUGUGUUA